AUGGAUACUUUUAGUGGAGAGAUUUUACCGGGGAGAGAUAUCCCCAGUGUAAGAGAAUUAGUACAACAAAGACAGAUGAAGAGAAAGAGACCAGAAUCCAAUAAAUUAGUGCAAAAGAUGGAGGAUUCUCUAAUUAAGUGGAGGGUACCUGGAUCACAAAAUAAGGGAUCCGCCAUGGCCAUUGAGGGAAAUCAUCCCUAUCAAUUUGCCACACCAGUGAAGAAAAGUGUGAAGAGUGAAUCAGAUGUUUGGAAUUCCGUAAGACAUUGGUGGAAAGAUCAGAAACAGGAAGUGCCUGAAGAGUCAGAAAAGAUUGAUAUCACUAGAUUUAAUGAAACGGUCAUUGGUGUGGAUGCAGAAGAGGAAGAAAUAAGUUUUAUGACUGAUGAAUCAAGAUCUGGUAGAAGUAAUUCAGCCAAGACGCCCAUUGCAUAUCCUAUUAAUAUGAACAAUAAUACCGGUAACAGGUACCUUGUAGGCUCCACCAUUCAAAAACCCAAAAAAUGUAGCUUCGACCCAGGUGACACAUUAACCAGUUUGCAAUCCAUGUACUCUCAAUAUUAUAAUUAUCCGGUUCCUGUCAGUUAUCUUAACAUCACCAACGGUAUGAAUCAAUUGCCCGCACAAUUCUCAUAUGAACAACAGCAGCCUAUCGAGACCAACAAUGCCGAAAAUCAAGAAGACAAUCGUCAUGGUCAAGGCAAGCGCCAAUGGUUCCUAUGUUGCAACUUAUUUUAA